CAAAAAGAAAGUCGAAUGCUGUUUGCCGCCAUGUCACGCUUUAACCGUUGAUGGCGAAAAGAACGAACGUUUUCUUCAAUUGAGAUGACGGUAGGAUUAUUUUGGCAAGAAGAACAUUUUGUUCAUACAAGCCUUAACCCAGAAUGGUGAACACCGAGGACGAGGAUGUUGAAAGAGGUUCGUUUCGUUCGGUCACAUUUUGUCUCCUCUGCCUGUAACCUUAUAGUUCUUUUCUCUUGUCCGAAAUCCUACAGAACUUUAUUUCCUGAUCGCGAAGUUCCUCUCGAAGGGCCCCUGUGUACGUGCUGGAUUGGUAAGUUCAACUUGCGUGGGUUUAUUCCGUUUAAAUUUCGAACCAACACGUUCCGUUUCUCACGCAGGCAUUGAAAGAGGAGUUGGUCGAACAUCAGGUAAGUACCCCUUUUCUCUAAAACCCGUUGGACAUAGGUGCAGUUACACCUCUACGAUAACAUUAUAUAUUUUACAGCAAAGAAAGCUCCUCAGUUGAACAGUUUUGACCCCAGCGAGGUAAGCAGACAAUAGAUUUUAAUUCAUGCCAUGUUGAUAGUUGAUCCUUUCCUGUAUGUCCUCUCUUAGCUUUUGCGUCGUCGUGUGGAUUGGAGGGGCGAAGAACAUGACCAAACCUACGAGGAAACGGUACACUUUUACCCCAUUUACAGAUCUUGUCGACUGCGCGAUUUAAAGCUUUUUCUCGACUUGCAGCCUUGAAAAUUUAUUAGGGAUUUUUAAGCGGGGAACAAAAUUUUAUUUUCCUAGCAUCGUGUGGGCGAAGCCCGACAAAAAACGGAGAAAUUUAUUUUCCGAGCGUAUUUUCGACUGGCAAGCAGAUUGUGUUUUUUGCAGCGUUCAUUACGAAAUUUAGGCUGUGUUUGACACCCAACAACUUAUGCAUACCAAGCCUUUGUCUAUUCAUAUGCUAAUCAGUUAUUUAUGGUUUUUAUUUCAAGCGAGCCAAUCAGAUCAGAGGGUGCUGCGUGUCGGCUCAGUUUCCUAUUGUAUUGCAAAUGGGAGAUUGAAAUUCCAGCUGUCAACACGACGUCAGAAUAAUAUAAAUAGCAUUUCAUUUCCGCCGCUUAGUGGCUUAAGAUCUAAUAUCUAGCUCGUCACGUUGCUACUGAAGACAGAUUCGCUCGCGCUCGUUUCUGUAGUAUUCAUUUCGUUUCGAUUUAAAGUUUCAGUCUUGAUCGGGCCUAAAAAAACACAUCAAAGUUGCUCCGAACAAUUUUAUUUCGGUUUCCUUUAUGCAAAAUAAACACAUUUUGUUUUCUUGUUCUGUAAAGAAGGCCUGGUUACCACAUUGAACGUUUGCGAUCUUCUGUACCAUAUAUUUUUUGUGGUCUUGCGGUUUUGAAAAUAUAAUUUUUUUCCUGUGGCAUUAAAUGUGUAGAAAAUCUGAGGGAAACUAUAGGGUAUUAUGAAUCUGCAACGCCAAUAUUUUUUCCAUUAGGUUACCGAGAAUAACCACAUACCAGAUGAUUUCUUACUGCGAAUAGCUAAACGGCUCGGACCUUUGGUCGAGCAAUGUGUACCAGGGAGUGUAGAGGGCUAUCGUUCCUUGCUCGGAGCUGGAAGGCAGAAUUUGUUGCGGAUAUCUUCAGGUACUACGCUGCGUGUGCUGACUGCAUGAAGUUUGAUUCAUUAACUUUUAAAUAAAUUCUCUUCUCUGAAAUGCCGAACGUAUGUUAUUUUGCACGUGGAACAUGUUGGAAGUGACCCAGACUUUCAACCACAAUCUAUGGCUAAAAAAUAUUUUUGCUAGAUCAGAUGAACGAUCCUUUAGAGCAUCAUAUAAACUUGAUCCCACCAACUUCAGCCUCUUGUUCCCAAAAUACUUCCUCUGUCAGUACAACUUGAAAUUUAUUGGUGUGAAGCUAGUCUUCAGCUAGAGUGAAGCUUACAGACUGGAGCAAGAUAAAGUUAUGUGGAAAAAAACUCUAUUAGGAAAAAGCUCUGUUAAUUUCCAGCCAUUAGAGUCUUUAGUGCACAUAUGAAAUGCCUUUCAUUUAAUUAUUAUUUUUUCUAAGAACCAAGCAAACCAAGUGUGAGCUCAUUAGCUGUUUGUUAUCAUGGAGCACCAUUAUUACCACCAGUAAAAAGAAGGAUUCCGGGAAAUAUUGGUGAGAUGUUGAACAGAAACAAUUCUUAGUGUCUAUUCACAACAACAUCAAACAAAAUUUAUAUAUUUUAGCAAUUAAAAUACAUAUCUAACAAUCCCUACCUGCAAAAUAGCAAAGCUAAUGGAGGAAAUAAAUAGCAGUAAAAAUACACUGUAGGAAAUGCACCUUUGUAGGUUUGAAAUCGAGUAGAAUAGUGAUUGCUAAGAAAAUGGUCUGUUCGCGCAGUUCACUUAUUUUUGUAUUUUUCCUCAAUGGACUCAGAAUAUAUCCUGCCUUAAUGUUCCUGAGUUCCUGAGUGUUUCUAUGUUGUGAUUAUUACUCUUCUACCUUCUUUAAGAAGACCUCUGAGGUAAGCCAUUUAAUAAAAAAAUGAUACCUUAACUAAUUCCUUUCAUGGUAUUUCAGGUCAUGUGUUAUGCAGCAGAGAGAUCAGUGGAACAUCCAGUAUCAGAAAUGUGGCACAACCAAAUCUUUACACAAAAAUAUCUAUGGUGAGUUUUUUCUACUCCUAAAAACCACAAGUACUUGUACAUAGCUUACAUCAACUUUCUUGAGCCUGCAUGUUAUAAAGGUUAGUAACAUCUGUUUGUGAUUUUUUCUAUAGCAUCGCAGAAUACUUGGUCAUCUUUCUGCUGUAUAUUGUGUGCUCUUUGACAGAAGUGGCAAAUGCAUUGUUACGGUAAGUUGAUUUUAAAGAAGUCCAAUAGACAUUGAAGUAAAAGAACUAAAGACUGAAUAAGCAAAUUGUGAAAACCCUUCACAAACUAGAGGUAUUCUCCUAGCUUGUAAGAAUAAUAUUCUCCACUUUGCUUGUUCCUCAGCCAGUGACAGUUCAUGUUUAGUACUUCCCAGACUUAAUCAUUUGGUUAUUACAAAUGAAGCUGCUGGUGAUAAAAGGAAUUUGUUCCUAUUUGAAUUGUCUCGCAGGGUGCUGAUGACAGCUUGGUUAAAAUCUGGUCCAGUGAAGAUGGUAGACUUCUUGCCACUUUGAGAGGACAUCAAGCUGAGAUAUCUGAUAUUGCAAUUAGCUAUGAAAACAACCUUGUUGCAGCUGGAAGUUGUGAUAAGGUAUUGUCCAAUCAUUAUUAUUUUAUAGCAGAGCUCGCAGAGCUUAGCUCCAUAAUUAUACAAAUUAGUAGUAACCCAUUAAGCCAAAAAAAUUUUGAUGUAUGACUGUACAACUGUACAAGGUGCUACUUUUGACAUGCAUGGUCAACUGUACUGCAGGCAUGCCAACCCCACGGCUUUGUUCAGUCCAGUGGUCAGUGCACUGGGCUCCGAGUUGGACGACCUGGGUUCUAGUCCUGGCCGGGACAAGUUGUGUGGGAAAAAAAAAAUGCAAGCUCUGCUUUUAGGCUUGGCUAAAUCUAUAUAUUAUCGUAGGAGACUGAUUUCGGUAUCACUGAAUCAGCCUUUAUUGCUGUAUUUGUACAUGAUUGCUUUUAACUCUUUCAAUUCCAGAUCUCACCAGUGAUUAUCCAUAGUGUCUGUCAUACAAUCCUUAUGAUGUUAGCCUAGAGAUUUUGGUGUUGGAUCAACAAUAAUCCCUUAUUGCUACACAUGAAAAAAUUACAUGAGUAGCUAAAUAUGAGUGCAUUUUUCAUGUAACACAAGUGCAAAGUUGGAACAUGAGUGAAAAUUACAAAUAGCUUGUGUGCGCAGUCAAAAUUUUGUCUGUCUUGACUAUCUGUGAUCCUUCUUUCAUGUCAAUAAGUAAUAACAUGAAUUCAAGAACAAUUUGGUGUAAAUAAGUAUGAGUAAAAUUUUCAAAGUCAACAAAAUUGCACAAGCCUGUAGGGUGAGUGCAAUUUGUAGCCUUGAAAAAAUCAGAAGUGCUUAUUCACACCAAAUUGCACUCCAUUUCAUGUCAUAACUUAUCAAUAAUUGAUAUUUUUCUUUAUUCUCAUCACUUGUCUGCUUGAUAUUGUAUUUAUAUUAUAAGGAGAAAUUAUCUCUUGCUUACCUAGUGGAGGUAGUGAAAGAGUUAUGGUACUUUGUGGCUGUGUCUAUUAAUCAUAACCAUUACAGUUUCCUCAAAUGUAGAUAGUGCAUUAGCUGUUUUAUUUUUCACUAAUCAUUCUGUACAGCUGUUCAGCUAAAUCUACUAAUUGCAGAAUUGAUCCUAACAACCAUAGCAACAACUACUUACCCUGAAUGAAAACUGGGAAAUUUCCCAAAUGGAGGAAUUUUUUAUUUUAGACACUGUCUCUACCGCAGAUGUUUGUCCUAAAUGAAUUUGCUUUCUCAGGAAAUUGUAACAGUUAUGAUAAAAUGAUAACAGGACUUUGUGUCGUUUAAUUGAGUCUGUAAUCAUUCUCAUGUCAGAUAUUGUUAAUCACUCGUAUGAUUACAGACCAUGUGAUUACAGACUCCACUUGGUGCUAUUACCAUUAUCUUUAACAUGUGUGAAGUAUACUUUCAACUCAUUAAGUGAGUGAGUGAUGUUUUUUGAACUGUUUCAGGUGAUUCGGGUGUGGUCUAUAAAAUCCACAGUUCCAGUAGCAGUGCUCCAGGGACAUACAGGCAUGAUAACUUCUCUUCAGGUGUGGUACUUGAAAUAGUUUUUGUUUCUAGAAUGGAAAAUGUAUUCUGUAGCAAUUAUUUAAUUGUUAAUAAAUUUUCUUCCGAACAGAGUUUUAAUUAUUAAUGCUGUAAUUUUUUUCAUCCACAGUUUUGCCCUUCACCAUUAAACGAAUCAAGGUAUUUAAAUUUUCCGGUUCCUCUUUCUUGGUUGUUUCUUACUUAAGAAAUCACAAAAGUGAUAGCUAGAUUGUGUUUAAGGGCUAUGAUUUUUCUCCCCCACCUGUGACAUAAUAUCAAUGGCUGAUGUUGAUUUUCCAAGCUGUGAUGCUACUGGGUCAAAACACAGUAUAAACCAAAUCUUUCAAGGCAAAGUUGAGCCCAAAGACUGAAAAAAAAUGUUUGAACAUUGAUAAUUAAUCUAUAAGCUGAAAUUUAAAAAUGGUUCAAUUUUAGGUUUCAGUUCCCUGUUAAGAUUUCCUUUUUUUCAAGUCCAUCAGUAUCCUUAUUUAUUUUACAACUCUUUUUAUCUGUCUACACACUUAUUAUGGUAACUAAAUUUGUAUUUGGGGUGGUAGUAGUAUAAUAAAAGGGGUAGGUGACAUUUUAGCUUUCAUUAGUUUUGUUUAGUGUGCAUUAUUGUAAUAAGAAAAACAAAUUUAUAUAAUGUGCCUUUCCUUAUCUCAAAAAAUUCAGUAAAGCUUUACACCACUUCAUUUGGUUAUCUUGCCAUUUAAGUUUCUUAAAAAAUAGCCUUAAUCUAAAUUGAAAGAGAAAUACUCUCAUGUAUCGUAAGCCAACAGUGAUGUAGUUUGAAUUAUGCAUUUGUUUAUUUUAUUGUAGGUAUCUGGUGUCCACUGGUGGAGAUGGAACAGUUUGCUUUUGGAAAUGGGAUUUAGCAACCUUAACUUUUGAGUGAGUGUUGAAAAUAGUACAGCAUACUCUGCAUUACACACAAGUCAGUUUGCAAAGCAGAAAUGGCACAGUAGUGAGAGCACUUGCCUACCACCACCAUGGCCCUGGUUUGAUUACCAGACCUGGCAUCACAUGUGGAUUGAGUUUGUCGUUGGUUCCUGUCUUUGCAGCAAGGGUUUUUCUCUGGCCCCUUAAGUUUUCCUCCCUCCACCAAAACCAACAUUCCAAAUUCCGAUUUGACCUGGAAAUUGUGGACAAGAAGAACCACCUUGUGGAAUGUCUAUUGCGAAAUUCUCAUUUAUUCCCAUUCCCAUUUUAACCCUUUCACUCUCAAGAUCUAAUUAGUAAUUCUCCUUACUAUCUGCUGUACAAUUCUUAUAAUGUUAGUUCAGAGAAUUUGGUAUUGGAUCAACUAAUAAUCCCAUGAUUGGUAUUCUUCUCUAUUCUCAUUACCAGCCUAGUUGAUAUUGUAUUGAUAUUGUAAGGAGAAAAUUCUGUCUUGGUCACUUGUGGGCAUUAAAGGGUUAAGUCUUUGAGCUGUCUUGAGGUAGUUAAGGUUCACAUGUCAAAUCCAUGUACAGCUUAAAGAAAUGAUUGUUUGUAUUAGUCAAAUUUUAACCUCCUUGUACUUCUUUUUUUUUAAGUUCCAAGCCUAUUAGAUUCAUUGAGAAGUCGCGACCUGGAACACAGAUGGUGUGUUCCUCAUUCAGUCCAGGUAACAUCAUACAAAAUACUCUUAGUCAGUGUUUUAAAAUUAUUAAUUUUCUGCUGUACCAUUGAAUAACAUACGAGUUGUGGAGUUCAAGAUGCAUAAUGAGGUUGCAAGGCUGUUAAUAAUCUAGUGGAACUCACUUGAAUCAACUGUGAAAGCUCUUUGAGUUGCUUCAUCUAGAAAAUCUAUGUUUUGACAAUGAUUACCCAAGAAAAUAUAGUAAUUAAACAUCUUGCACAUGCAUUUUAUUUUUAAUUCAUCAUAUACAAAGCUUUUGUCAAAGGCAAGGAAACUACAAAAAGUAAAAAUUGGAAAAUGAAAAUUAAUGAGAUGAAAAUAAGCAAAUACUGAAAGAACAGGGAAUGUUAAGAAUACUUACUACAGACUAACAAUGAUAACCAUAACAGGAAGUUCUUUAUGGCUACAUGUAGCUUUUAACUUCCAUGUUUGCAGGGUUUUAUAGAAAGGUGCACUAAACCUAUUAAUUUUAUAAUCUAAAUUUGCCUUUAGUUCUAUGUUUUAUGUCUCCAAGACAUACAGUACAUGUAGUGGUAUCUGUAGAAUGAUUUGGUUUUUUUUUUUGUUGUUGUUGUAGGAGGAACAUUCUUAGUGUCAGGAAGUACAGAUCAUUAUAUAAGAAUAUACCAAAUGACUCCAGGGCCACCAGAGAAAAUUGCUGAGUUAGGUUUCCACAAUGUGAGUUUAAUUUUAUACUUAGCAUUUCUCUUGUGAAGUCUUGAAACCAGUUCUGGAUUGAUUAAAUUUUGAUCUUUAAACGUACCUGUUUCUUUUUUAGGAUCAUGUGGACAGUAUUCAAUUUAGUCACAAAGGAGACAGGUUUGUGUGCAGUGAUGGGUUGUUUACUGUUAGGAAUGAAAAAAUAGCAUAUCUAAAUCUACCAAAAGUUAUCUUUGUAGCCUGAAAAUUCCUACUAAAGGUCUUUACAAAAAAACUCAGAUAGAAUUGCAGCAAAAAUUUCAAAUCAUAGGCCAAAUGAAAAGCUCCUCAUUCAAACUGGCACUUCAUCUUUGUCAAAUUUACAUGCUAUUAAAAUUUCUAUCAAAGAAUUAUACACCAUGUGACUCCAUGUACUUGUAGCUCCAUUUAGAAGUCAAUCUUCAGUUUAAAGAUUUUGAAAUCAUGUUUCCUUUGUGAAUGUCCUUGAAUACAAGAUUGCAAAAUAUGGGUUUCAAGUCAAAUUGAAUAUGUUAGUCAUCCUGAAACAUAAUACAUUAAGAAUUGCCAAUCUGCACACUUCUUCUUAAUGGUGUGUAAAAUGGGCCAUAAAGUUAUUUCAACUUUUUCAUUUGGGAUUAUGAAACAAUUCAUUGCUAAGUCAUAAAUUUUCUGACUUAUAUAAUGUAUGUAGUACAUAUCUUAUCUAAUGUAUGUAGAAAGUGAAAAAAUUGAGAGAUGUAAAUAUAUCUUUUACAGAUUUCUCAGUGGAUCAAGAGAUGGCACAGCUAGGAUUUGGUAUUUUCACAGAUCAGCAUGGAGACCCAUCUUGAUUGACGUCAGCAAGAGACUUCCAAAGUAUGUUUCAUGAUUUAACUCUUCACUUCAAAAAUCUUUCCAAUUUAUCUUCAUAAAUGACUCUCCUGUCCUUAAAUGUGGAAGAGUUAUUAAACUCAUCAUUUUUCAGGCAUUAUGCAUAAUCAGAGUUGUCUAGUUGUCCAAGAGCUAGAAGAAGGUAGACUAGGGGAAUGGCUCUGUAGGUGUUUACUUGUGACUCACCAUAAAUUCAAGAUGUUUAAGAUAUUAGUUAAUACAAAUGGAUUAUAAAACUUGGUACCUACUUGUAAUAAGGACUUUUUAAUUUUAAGCAAGUUGCCCACCUACAUCUGAUCCUGAGGAAAACCCUAGUAAAUAUUAAGUACUUUUCUGAAUGAGUGGAUUAUUGUCAGUAGAUUUUGUAAUUUAAUUGGCUUUGGUUGACUUGUUUUGUUUAUAAAGUUGCUUUAUUUAACCUCACAGUUCAUCACCAGUAGAAGAGUCAGUCAGAGCUCUGAAGCCAAGAGUUACCAUGGUAAGACUUGGUAAACUUAGUGAUAAAUUGAAUAAUUUUGAAAUAUGCAUUACAAAAUAAUUUAUAUAAUGAUGUGUGGGGAGUUCAGGAAUGCAGAAACUGCUGAUCCAGUAUUUUCCAUACUUUUGUUUCAAUUUUUGUAAUUAGUAAUCACACUGAGAAAUGUUCCAUUUUUUGCUGUAUCAGGUCGGGUGGGAUCUGUGGGAUCAGCAUGUGAUUACAGCUGUCAAUGACAAUACACUGAAAGUGUGGGAAGCAGCUACAGGAAAUCUCUCACUUGUUCUCUGUGUAAGUAUCAGUAUUGUUAAGAACUGAAAUCCAUAGUGGCACCAUCAUUUGAGGAUACUGUAUGGUACAGAAAUGCCAAAGUUAGAGUUUGGCUUUGAAUAAGCCCAACCUUCCAAUUCAAAUCUGAGGAAAAAAGUAAAUCAGUGCUCCAUGGUGUGCCAAAAUCAUUAAUUGGUCCCCAGAAUGAAAAAAAUUUGGUUGUCAAGAGAAAACAUUGCAAUUUAUUAAAUGACUUCUGCACACCAAAUAGCAUCCAAAAAUGUCACCUAAAUUUUCCCCACCCCUAAUUAGAGGCUUUGUACCUCAUGUUGGUAGUAGCACCCAACUACAUGUAGUGUCUUGGAGUCAGGGGUUUAAGUCCUGUUGAAAGCAUAGCUAUUUUUUUAAGGUUUCUUUUCUGUAAUUGCUGAAAUUGUGGCUCACUUGUGAAGAGCAUUACUUUACUUGAAAAUGUUUCUAGUUGCCCAAAUGGUUGUAGCCCAGUGCACCAAAUGUUAUUCCAACUGUAGUUUAACUGUCCUCUUUGUGUUGGAGCCCACCUUUCAUAUGUAUAUCUUCCCUGUUCAUGAAAACAUUUCCUCUGGGAAAAAAAGUUGUGCAUUAGUACUUUCUGUUCCUUACAUGUUCAUGCUAGGUACAAUUUAGGUUCAUUUUGGGUGUGAAUUACACUGAAUGAUAUCAAAUUUACUUCUUCAGGGACAUCAAGAUGAAGUGUUUGUCUUAGAGGCUCAUCCAACAGACCCCCAUGUUCUUCUAAGUGCAGGUGAAACAUGCUAAACUGAAGUCAAAAUAAGGGCUGAUAAACUUGGUUGAAGCAUGAAAAUAGCAGUCCAUUAAAGAAAAAAAAGAAAAGAUUCUCACUAUCAUGCCAAGUCAUUUUAAGUGAUUAAACAUUGAUUGCAUUGGCUGGGGAGUGGGGAUGGCAUAAUGGUGAGAGUGCUCAACUUCCACUGCUGUGGAGUGGGUUCAAUUCCUCACCUGUCUUAAGUGGGGUGAGUUUAUUGUUGGUUCUUGUCCUUUCACAGAGGGCUUUUCUCCUCCUUCCACAAAAACCUUCAUUCCAAAUUUCAUUAUGACCUGGAAACAGUGCUCGAGAAGAGCCACCUCGGGGAGUGUCCAUUGCAAACUUCCCACUAUUCUGACUUUUGCUUAAUUUCUGUUGUCAGUUUGAUCUUCCCUAAAUUAUGAUGGAAUUACUUUAAGACACUGAAACUGGCUAUCUAUGUGGAGAGUGAAGCACACAUUGAAGACAAGCAUUUUGAUGGAGUUCACAUCUCUCAACUUCUUUCAUUUUUCUUGGCUCCUGGAAUCACUCUGUCUUGAUACCAUACUCAACAGUUCCUUUUUAAUGGCUUGGGCCUAAUUUUUGUUUUUGGCAGGUCAUGAUGGAUAUGUUAUUUUGUGGGACCUCCGAACUGGCGUUAAAAUCACGAGUUUCUAUAAUUCAGUGAGUACACUCAUGCUUUGAGCAAGCCUCUGACUCCCAAGAUCUGAUGAGUAGGUCUUCUAGUUGCAAUCUUUGUGAUAAAUUUGGUGUUAUAUGAUCACAAUAGAAUCUUCCAGCUAAAAUACUACUGUAUCUCUUCUCUUUACCUAUUUGCCUAAUGUUGAAUUAAUUUUUCAAAAAUUCAAAAUGUAGAUUAACAACCUCGUGCUCUUUCCUUUCAGCUUGAAGGUCAAGGCCACGGGGCUGUGUUCGAUUGCAAGUUUUCACCGGAUGGCCUCAAAUUCGCCUCAACAGACAGUCACGGCCAUCUGUGUAUCUUUGGUUAUGGUUCAAGCGAUCGUUACAGCCAGGUAAUUCAGUGACACAUUUUAUAACACACUCUUAUCUACUACGUAUUCCACGUUACCUUUUAUCCUGUAAUUUUCACGGAGUGGUUUUCGAUUAAGAGUCACAAGACCGAGAGAAAAGUCAUCAAACGGCCAUCAGAACCAGGGAAAAUGUCACGGCUCAAAAUAGCAACAAACAUACAGCUUGAAGCGCGGGAAAACGCGAGUGAACAAAUUGUAAUCGAGUUGAGUUUUGCAUUUGAUUUAGCCGAAAAGUUGGACGAGACAUCUAGAUACAGUGCACUGAAAUAAAAGCAAAUCAAGCCCGAAUUACUUUCGACACUGAAUCAAAAACUUCUCUAAAGAAAGAUGUUGAUAUUUGUCUUGAACGUGGGACAGCUCAUGGACAGCUCACAUAUGAGCUCUCUGGGAGUUGCAUUCAUUGGUCUUGCGCCGCCACAUCUUGCAGUCUGCUCUUUUUCCAGCUUUGGGUACACUUUUCGCCCCGAUUACUUCGCAGCUUGACUUGUAGGCAAUCCGGGUGACUUUGAUCUCAGAUAAAAACUGAGCAUUUUCAUUUACACAUUUCGAUUGUCUCACUGCAGGUUCCUAGUGAACAGUUUUUCCACACGGACUACAGACCACUUAUAAGAGAUUCCAACAACUACGUUCUUGAUGAACAGGUACGCACUUGCCCUUUGCCAAACGUGAUUAAUUAGAGCACAUUCCACAGGAGAGGAGAAGUUUUGGGAGAAUGUUCUUAGAAUGUAAAGAGCAUUUUAAAAUUAGAUUUAUGCCAUUGAAACUUUUGACUAUUCCUUUCUCCUUCCAUCCAAAAAUCUGGUAAAAUUUACCUUAUGAAAAACGUAUGUAUGUACGCAUGAGAAAUCUUCAGGGCCGAUGGUUUGGGCCAAACACCAUUGUCUCUCUCCACCAAAAGGUAUUAUCGGCAACCACUUUUUUAGAAGUGAACCUGACAAGAUUCUAGGCGGUGAAAGAAUACUUGCAAUGGACCUGCCACUCAUUCAGGAGAAGUACUACUGUAGUAAUACUCCUUCUUGCCGCAAGCGAAUGGAAAAUCAAUGCUGUAGCUAUGCAAGUAGGUACCUUAACCCUGACUAAGCACGUAUUUGUUUUGCAGACCCAGACGGACCCACAUCUCAUGCCUCCUCCAUUUCUGGUCGAUGUAGACGGCAAUCCUCAUCCACUGCACUUUCAGCGUCUGGUGCCAGGUCACGGAAGCAAUGUCCGCGACCCACCCAGGCCUGCCCUUCAACCCCCUCCCACACCAAGAGAAGAUCUUCCUCCCCUACUGGCAGAGAUCGAAGCUGCUGAGGCGCAGGAAAGGCAAAUGUUUCCAGGUUUGUUAAACUGGUUUAUUUAUUUAUUUAUUUAUUUAUUUAUUUAUUUAUUUAAUAUAUAUAUAUAUAUAUAUAUAUAAACAAAUCUAACGCAAUCUCUUGAUAUAAAUGAUCAAGAAUAUUAAGUAAAUGAACGCUGGAAACGGUCCAGUCCCCCUGAGACUAUAUGUAGGUUCGGUUUCCGCCGUUCUCUCCAGUGUAGUCAUCGAUCUGCCUGAUCCAAAGAUCGCGGGCUCAUUUCCGGAACUGCGGCCCGAUAUCGAAGCUACUCUUAAAGUCCGCUAUAACCAACGGGACGCACCGAUCGAAAGUUCUAACCCCUUUAACCGCGAAAAGUGAUCAACUUGUGACUUCUCCAAACAAUGUAAAUAUGUUAUCCAGUAAGAAGGUGAUGAGAACGCACUUAUUUAUCAGGGGGACUGUGUUUUCUUUACAUAUCACCAAAUUCUCCCUCCUUAUUUGUGAGAGGAUGCGUUUAACCUGAGGGGAGAAUGACUGAUCAGAUCUUGGGAGUCAAAGUUUAUUUGUAAAAAGUAAAGUUUGUCUUAACCUUUCCACCCUAACAUCAGCAUUUGUAUUUUCCAUACCGUUCUCCAUACAUUUCUUAAAGUGCUGACAAGGAGAAUUUGUUUAACAAUCAAGAGCUUCUUUAGUCGGUGAUCAUUUCCUUUUUCUCGUGACCCUGAUGUGCGUUUCAGGGGUGAUAUUGUGAGGAGAAAUUAGAUGCUAGUCACUCUUAGGGGACAAAAGAUUAAUGGGCUUUGUUAAACUUGGUCUUUCUCCUGCUUUUUACAGCAGGUCUUCAUUCCCCUCCACCUCAUGGUCAGGGAGCAGUACCUCCCCUCCAGAGCCCCGGAGGAAGCCGUAACUAUGGCAUGCGUCAGAUGGGUGACGUGGAAGGAGUUCGGCUGGUUCACGGUAACGUGCCUGUGAUUCAGGACGUGUCUGAGUCUGACACUGCAGCGUGGAGAAAUAGACGAAUUGUGCCUGAUAGCAAGCCAAGCAUCGCUAAGUAAGUGUUUACAACACAUUUUAAUCGAGUGUCGUAAAGCCAUAACCUUAAGUAACAAUAAUGAUUUUCAUUGGCUUGAUGGCUAAUCAGGACUAAAGAAAAAUGCCAAGAGGCGCCAAUCCAAACUUAAGGCAAAACUCAAGUCGCGUUUGGUUGAACAUAGUUUUGAAUCUGAUUGAUCGAAAAGGUGGCGUGAGCCUUUUUGGACCAGUUAUUAACGUGGGGAAGCAAUAAGAUUUCGCAUUACCUUCGAAACUCGACACUGGGUAGAAAGUUGUUCUUAAAUGGUUAAUUUUUCCUUCAUAUUCUGAGACAAAAAUAGACUCAAUCUUAAAUGUGUUUGUACUUGUAGGAGUGAUGUGGAGAGACGGCUGUUACUGGGAAGAGAAGAAAUGUUGAACUAUCUUAGAGAGAAAAAAAGACGAGCCUUGCCCUCGACAUCCAAAAGAGUAAGUACUCUGUUGAUUAAUGUGUGACUCAUGACGUGAAGACUAGGAAGUACUUGUAUGGCAGUCUUGAGUAACAGUGUGUUGCUAUAUUUUAAGUCUGAAAGGUAUAUCUAGUAGUUUAACAGCCCUUGUUUGGUAUGGAGUCUUUUAACGUCGGGUAAAUGGUUUUCGAUUAUUUAGUACUGAAUAUUUUUGUCUCUCGUUCAAUUCAAAGGUGACGGUUCAUGUACCAGAACCACGAGUUGCCGAAGAAAGACCUCAGCAGGCUGCUCGUCGCACCUCAAAUCGGCGGAAUGCUGGACAGAGCUCUCGUGGAACAAGGAGACAAACUUACUCCACCAGAGCUACUGCCUCUAUGGACGUAGAGGAAUCAGCUGAAGAGGAGGCAGCAGCUACGCCUAGCGAUACUGAAGAAGAAGACGAGGAAGAUGAAUGGUCUGAGAGUAGUAGGUAUGUGGGAACACGGUUCUGGCUAUAUCGUUGUGUAGGGUAUGCGUGACAGAGAAGUUACUUGACGGCCUAGGGCUGGUGUGUGACUUGAGUAAUUUUUCACUGACUGUUUACUCUUAUCAACAGUGAAUCAAGUGAGUACUCGGAUUGGACGGAAGAAGUUGGACUUAGAACACAGCAACAGACUGAGAACCGCCGUCCAAGGUGAAUACAUUUUUUUUUUUUGAACACGUAAUUUUUAGAAUCUUCUUUUGUCAUAAAGUGUCUUUUUUUUUUCCAUUAUCUUCUUGUGGUCAGCGGUGACUAUGCACGUUCGAGCAGGCGGAGAAGAGAACCUCUGCAGUCUUCCUCCACAAAGAGAAAGACCUAAAAUCUUUUGUCCAAAUCUUUUUUUGGAUUGAUUGUCUGAAAGGUGCUACAUCACGGUCUCUGCAUCUUCGAAAAUUUGCUGAGCCUUAAAUUUUUUAGUUCAUCAAAGGCAAUUCGUGUCAACCUUUUAUCGUUAGUCAUUCUCGUUCCGUUUUGUUUACUUAUAACUUUUUAUAUUUUCUACCCUGACAAACGGUUAUUUCAAGAUUCAGUACUAAAAAAAUCCAACUUAUGCUAAGAUGAUUUCAGAUAUGGUGAAUUAUCUCUUGUGAUAUGUGCUUAUUCAUUCUCAAGGCGGGUGUGUAGAGUACUGAGUACAUCAGAGGAGGAAGGGACUGAAGCGACUCAGCCAGGUCCCAGCUCCCCUCAGCGGCAACCCAAGGUUAAAAAAGAAAGUAAAAAGGCCAAGAAACCUGCUAAGAAAAAGAGAGUAAGUAAAGGUUUUGUAUGACCUGCGUUUGGUAUUCAUCUGUGCUAUGAUGGUGUAUUAAUUUUGUUUUUUGUGAUCUGGCUUGAAUGGUUCUUGAGUGUUGUUUCUCUAUUACAGAAUGAAGUGUUAUCAGGUUUGUUUGAAAAAAAUACAAACAACGUGUGCAACGAGGUUGUCAGAAAAACAGAGAAACGUGAUGUAGUUCAUUCGUGUUUUGUUUGUUUUCAGCCGGCCAAAAAACCUAAAGUAGACGAAGUUCAGGAGUUACUCAGCUUAUAUCAGCCACCAGACUGGCUGAUCUGCACAGUCACGCGCAUCUCACCAUACGUACCUCAGAUUGGUGACGAGGUAAAGGAGAUUGUCUUUGUUUAUCUGUUGAAAAAGUUUUUGUCCUAAUAGGUGUUUUCUCACGAGUAGUCUACUUCUGGCUUUCAUUGGUUUCUUUUCUUUGUUAUUAACUUUUUCUUGAUUCUCGCGUUAUGAACUAUAGACUUAGCUACUGGCGUUCAGAAAGUUAGAGAGUUUUUAUGGUGUGCAAAAUCGUUGGAACCCUUAUGUUCCCUCGAUUGCCUUUGCGCUACCCAAAAUUCACAAAUCGGUGGUGGUUGUCUGACGGAUAAGUGAGCCGAAGUACAAAUAUUUAUCUAGGGUACUCAAACGCAAGUUUAAAUUAAGCGGGUCUUUUUUCUUUGGUUCUUGAGAAAAGUUUUCAAUUAAAGUUUGCGUCAAAAUGCCAAAACAUGGGUUGUUGAACUGAUUAAAAUACAUAACACUCACGCGUGCCGCCUUCCGACACUCACGCAGAUGCACCCUAAUGCCUAAUGUUCACGUACAACACAGCAAGACCCUCUUCCUUAGCAGAAAUUAUCAUUCAUUGUGCGCGCAGAUUCCUAUCACUUCCAUUCUCAUCACUAGCAUUAAACGCGUGUCUGCGCAACACUCGCAUGCCUUUGUUUGCUGAGCGCUUUCUACGCAUACGAAACGAACUGUUGGUGUUUUCUUGAUGUUUUAAAAUUCACUUAAGAAUCAUCUUAUUUUCCAGCCGUGAACGACCUGGUUUCAUCUCUAUUUUCAGGUGUAUUAUUUCCGUCAAGGCCAUGAACUGUACGUAAAGGAAGUGAUUGCGCUGAAAGGUUACGAAAUCAAUCCAAAGAAGCAGUGUUUCUAUAAACUGAGAUUAAAGGUAGGCUACCUUAGCCUUCUUUAUCACGUUCAAAGGGGGUAAGUUUCUAAAGAAACCGUGGUGCUGCGUUGGUGGGAGAGAAUAACAGGGUAAUUUAGUUUUAUCAACUGAGUUGGUACCUUAAAUUAGCCACCGUAAAGAGUUUCAAAGCUGACGUUUCGAGCGUUAGUCCUUCGUCAGAGCGAUCGGAGGAACUGUAGAGUGAGUGUGUGUUUAUAUGCAGAAAAUGAAGUUACGCUAUUGUUGGGAAGAUGGUGAUGACGAAGUUUAGUUUCGAUAUUCUUGUCUUCAAUAUAAUUUUUUGUCUUUUUUUGUAGGCUGAAGAGCUGUGUCGCAUUGUAAGUCUGCAUUACUCAGCUGGUCCACCAACUCUUUGCUGCUUAAAACUAGGUAACCUCUCCGCUCUUGAUUUUGCUCUAAAUACAUUCCUUCUAAAUUAGCUGUUCGAACACGUGCUAGUUUACCUUUGGAAACGCACUUAUUAAAAAAAAUUCUUCGUCAAACUGAAUAUACUGUAUCUUGAAUUUCUUAUUUACCUAUUUACGAUGUCCCUGACAAGUGUCCUCGUCAAGUCCUCUAAACUAGGAAUUUUCGUCCACGACUACUCUUUCGUGGAGACUUUUCUUCGGGUUUGGACCAGGAGAUGUGUCGAGGAAAAAAUUUUUUUCUCAACUUUCCAUCAAAUGUCUUGAGAAAAUUACGGCUUCGGUUGCCUAGACAAGAAAUAUUGAUAAAGUUCACCUAAAGAAUUUCUUGUUUACUUUUAAUCGCAGCGCUAAUAAAUCCAGAGACAGGCAACAGCACAGGAGCAACGUUCACUGUCAAGUAAGAGAAUACUGCCUAUUGAUUGGUAGAGAAUACUUCCUAUUCAGUGGUUUAUUAUUCCGUACUCAAAAUGUUAAAUACAUUCUUUGCGAACGCAUGAUUGGUGCUGGGUUUCUUUGCUAAAGUAUUCAUUGAUUUCACUUCUUUUGCCAGAUAUCACGACGUCCCAGAUGUGUUAGACUUCCUUGUAUUGCGGCAAGCUUAUGACGCGUCCAUAAACCAAAACUGGAGACCUGGUAUGUUAAGUCAGUUUAACUGUAAGCGAUGAAGGCUUUCCUCCAAUUUAUCAAGUACGGUCUGACGCGACCAUCUCCUAGCUGCCUAGCUGUGGAUUUGUGUCAUUGUAUUGGUAUAAUUUUACACCAACACCUCAAACUUGCGUUACCCCGGUAUGACUAUCCACUUUUAGUGGCCCUUUGCAACCUUAUUCUUGACAAAAUCAUGGAGAAUUCCACCUUUUUCGAGAACAAUUUUGGAAAAUUAUCUCUAUCUUGUCCCCACUCUCGCCACAGUCAGACCCGGAAGGGAAUCAUGCAACUGUAAAAUGAUCAUUCUAAGCCAUGAUAUUCAUAAAAGUCGAUCUCUUUUCCUGCAAAUUAAAUCUUCUCUCAGACCAAAUUUCUCUGAGCUUCAUACCACAUUAUAGAGUAGAGUGUUUGUAAACCUCAGCCUACAGAGUGGGCAAUUUUACGACAGAAAUAAACACCAACGCGUUGAACCUGUUCAACUAGUUUUAACGUGUUUUGGUGUUGGCGUUUCUUUAACCAGUACGUGUUAGUGCUCGGAACUCUGAGAAGCUCUCUGAGCGGAUUUUGUACUGUACCUUGCCCUCUUACAAGCAAGAUUACGGCAGGGUCACGCCAUGUUGUUGUGUGUCUCUUCCUGAGGGCUUGCAAAAUUAAUCUCAAAAGCAUUUGUUUGAGACUUUUCUCCUUUCUUAGAGAGUGGAGUUAGGUUAUAGGACAAUGCUACAUUCUAUUUACGAAGAAAUCUUUACUGAUUUUUUUUUUUUUUUUUUUUUUUUUUUUUUUUAACUUGUGCGAUGGACUUCGCCGAAAAGGGGGAGCCGCUCUUUGCUUAAUAUUCACCUAAGAUAAGAGUGAUGGUCUCCUAAACUUCUCUAUUAUACUUUAGCAGAUAAAUCAAACAAAAAUUUGGAUGUAUCUUCAAUGUUUUUUCGGUAUUUCAUCUUGUUUUAGGCAAUCGCUUUCGCAGUGUCAUUGACGAGACGUGGUGGGCGGGCGAGAUCACGGAUAGAAGUCCUUUCCAAACCGACUUUCCUGACUCUCACUUUCAGUGCUUCACUGUCAGGUGAGAAGAAUGACCAUGCAGUAAUUUUUUCUUGAUAUAGCUUUUUUGGGGAAACAAAUAGCAACAGAGAAAGGUAAACGCUUAUCUUCAGAGUCCUUGAAAAGAACUGUUGCACUGAGACUGAUUCACUUGAUUUUACAGUCUCAUGUACUGUUGUGUUCAGAGAUGUUUUAAUUAUAUCAGGAAAGUCCCUUUCGCGGAGGCCGCUGCAGUCAGCAACAGUAAUUGACACUGUGUUAGUUGGAGAGCAAUGUCCCUAAUAUCAGAUCCGCUGAUUUACCCCACGCUUUUACUUGACUCCAGCGAGUGGAUAUUAAUUUGUGUACUAAUUGAGGAUUAGGUGAUGACUAAUAUUAAAUGACUAAUAUUUUGACCUAUGGAAUUUCUCAGAUGGGACACAGGAGAGGUCGAGCGAAUGAGCCCCUGGGACCUUCAGCCCGUCACUGAACAUGGUAUGUACUCAAUGAUGUACCUUGUCACGGCAGGCCGACCUAACUCUUCGCUCGGUCAGCAUCAAUUUUCACCCUAAGCUUGAGAGAUUCACGGGGAGAUCCAAAUGUCUUGCUCAUGAAUCCCUUUCAUUUUCUCUAAAAUUUUGAAUAUCAAAACAAAAUGGAAGCAAGUUUUCUUCAACGUGUUGACAAAAAGUUCACGUCUUCUCUCUCAAGUUUUUUGUAUUUUUAUUUCCUUCAGAUCCUGGCAACCCAGAUCUUUCCGCCGACGCCUCAGGAGCAGCAACUAGUAACAUACCGCUGACCGAUGACGAUCGACUGUCACUGGCGUAUGACCCGGAUGAAGAGUCCGAAUGGCUUGGCGAGGGACGGGAGACCAUGUCUCAGAGAUUAGUAACAGGUCUUGAAGCGCUGAGUCAGCUGAAUUUUGCGGGGCCGUUCGUAUACCCGGUGGACGUACAACAAUACCCGGAUUACUGGUCUGUAGUGCCUUACCCUACCGACUUGAACACUAUUCGGGAGAAGCUCUUGAACAAGUAUUACAGGUGAGUCUUGACGUGAUGUUUUCUUUUUUUCUUUUUUUCUUUUUUUUGAGAUCAGAAUGUUACUUCUUGCAAAUUCAAUUUAUUCUCCAACAGCAGGUGAUGAGGAGAAACAAACUUAUCAGCUCUAUUAUCAGCGUUUUUUUGAUACAACUCCAUAUUCUCUUAACUAAUAAACAACGAAAUGUAGGACAGCCAUUAGAGAAAAUUACCUAUCCGCUAUCAGGUGCUUUAGGGUUAGGAAUUACGAAAGAGGAUCACAAAGAUCUUCCUUAGACAAGUUAGAGAGUAGAACUUUUUCGAAUGGCAGGUGUAGCACUAUCUCUGUGAAACUUGUUCAAAACCAAACGUGGAAAAUGGCUGAAGAUUAAUAAAGGCGCGCAUGAUAUACGCAUUUGCAGAGUAAAAUUUUCGUAUUUUUACACUUAUCACGUUAGAUUUUCAUUCUUUCCGCUCCACUAUGGGUGUCAAAAAGUCAGCGAGUGUAAAGCGGAAGGUUUCAUUAUUCGAUUCAAUACUAGUUUCUGAGCAACUGCGUUCCCACCCCUCCCCGAACCCAACAUUAACCCUGACUUGUUAUCAAUUGACUGUAGUCGGUUUAAGGGAAGGGUUGGUGUGCAGUUUCUUUGAUACUGACAUUGAUCCCAUUCUAGUCUAUUGUUAGAUUAUUCCUAAGCACGAGAGAAAGAAUUACGACAAAAUCUCGCUGAUCGAAUUGUCAUUUUAACAACAGUGUGGUUUGAUAAAGUGUGCAUAUUUAUCUAUAUAUUUAUUUAUUUGCCUUUUAAGGCGAGUUACUGCUCUUCUUUGGGAAGUAAAACAACUAGAAAGAAAUGCCCGUCUUUACAACGAGGAAGAAAGUCAGAUUGUUAGAAAUUCUAUGAAACUCGUGUCUGUGUUGAAUGCGUUUAUUAGGUGAGUAUGGCUUAAAUUUCUGCCUCGUUUGGAUUUUUAUUCAGUUUUGCUAUCCGAUUUACUCCGAGUAUCAUCGACCACUGUUUCUAAAAACGACGUAAUAUUCAAAAGCUUUUUACAAAGAGAUGUACCACCCUUAACGGCUUCUAGUAAGUCAACAACCUCAAAAGUAAGAAUGACAGAAACAACAACAUCAGCGCUUAAUUUAAGUUAAUGUUAAAACUCUCACCUCUUUUACUGGCCAUAUCACUAAAAUGCCUCAAAGCGUUCUUAAGUAAAAACUUAACCCACUCUCUAUUCAGGUUUGCAUAUACUCUUCUUUGAAUCGAAAGAACUACUCAAAAACAUAGUUCAGGUCCCAGGAUAAGCCUUAAAAUAAAGUUGUUGUCGUGUUUUAACAUGAUAGGGAUUCCACGUGCAACGAUAUACUUUCACUGUGUGAAGACGAAGAAGGAAUCGAGGACGUUGAGGUUUGAGAUUUGUUUUAAAUUUUGACGGUUUUCCAGGUUUGAUCUAACAGCUGCUGCAUUGAGAGCAUUAAACAUUUCCUUGCUCUCAAGUUAGUUCUCCCCUUCCUAGUGAAACGAUAUUGUACAUAAGACUAAGAUAGACUUCUCCGUUGCAAAAGACUAAAUAUUGUAACCUUUGAUUAGCUUCUCUUUCCUAGAGUGUUCUCUAAAGCUGAUAUAGGAAUGCCACCAUGCGAUACCUUUCACAGAGCAAGUUAAAGCAAUUCUCAUUUCAGAGUGGAAAGUAAUCUGGGAAUACGUUUAAUUUUGCUUUACUUCGCCCUGUGCUUGAUCUUAGCAACUGGUACCACACACUGAACUAAGAAGUUGUAAAUUGAAAUAAUGCCGUACCUUGGCCCCUCGCGUUUUCUUGUGCUUCAGUUUAGCGAGUCGAUUCUGGUGGCAUUUUUUUUUUCUCGACUUUAUUACUUAGGGUUUGGUAGCAACACUCAGUAGAAGAGUGCUCUAAAAUUUAAGCCCCCACCUAUGUUUGCUUCUGCAGGUUCAGGUUGAAAAUAUGUCCGAAGAGUCAGCAGGAGAGGGAGAAACGUCACAGGUACUGAAUACGACCACUGAGCUUACUUUAGCCUGAAGGGCAGGCUUGUUAGUGGGGUACACGAACUUAAUUAUUUUUAUUCGCCCGAUCGCGAUGUUUUAUCGAGCCGUAAUAUAUAACUCGACUGUUCCCCCUGGUUUUCAAUUCCCCAAGUCUAAUUGCUGUACGUUUUUUGUUGUACCUCUUCCUAAGGAUUCUACUGUGCCAGGUUCUCGGAAAAGAAAACGAGUGAGUGCAACUUUCUAAUAGUUUUUGAGGUUGUAGACUAAGCGUUAUAGCAUCAAGCGCUCGCUUAGAGUGCAUGUAAUCACAAUGGAAAGGGGGGUGAUUGUUUUUUAAUCAGAAAACCUUCUUUUUCUUCAGGAAUCAUCCGGUUCCGAAAGUCACAACAAACAUAUUAAGAGAGAGCAAGCCCCUCCUGUUGAGGUAAGCUUGUCUUUACCGUUGCUUUACGAGCAGUUAUGCAUGGCUCACAUUUCCUUCUUUCCUUAUGAUUUGUUCUUCCUUGACUUUUCAUUCGUUGCAUAUAAAAUGGCGCAAUAUGUCCGCACAAACAAGCUCGCGAAAAACAUUUUGCUUAUGUAAAAGUAUUGUUACUGCAGAGUAAGGCCAUAUUUUUGUGCAACUCUUCCCGGAGGCUCCAAGGUUACCCUGGUAGACUUUUGCUUCAGCUGAGUCUUUGAUACUACGCAUGAAAACACUUCAGUGAACGGAUUUCGUUUUUGUGGGGUGGCUACUCCAAAGCUGGGAAACUCCGUCUGCACUGUGCUGGUGUCAACACUGAUGUGGACCUACAAAAACUGUGUGCGAACGGCGACCUGUUUUUGUUGUUGUUUUUGUUUGGUUUGUUGUGUUUUCUCUAUUGUCUGAGAGCUUUUCAGUGACUAAUUAUAUAUUCUCUCUGACUCCAGCCGUGGAUGCAGUCUGCUCAUGAGCUGUUAGACUUCUUGGUGUCUCGUGAAGAUGCCACGCCCUUCCGACACCCUGUAGAUCUGAAUGAUUUCCCGGUGAGUUUACUUGUGAACCGAGGGUGUUUAAUCGUAAGAAAGGACUCCAAAAAGAAAAGGUAGUGAAGCAGGAAGGAACUCGCCUUAAACUGAUUUUGUGUGUGCAUGUUUAUGUGUGUGGUCAAACGAAUGUGUUUUACACUAUCUUAACCGUUUUAAUGACAAGAACGCUUCAUUGAAAUUAAAUUAGCCCUGGUUUCUCGUUCAACCCUAAGCAAUACCAGCCUAACUUAAAACCGUUAAUAUUUGCUUUUUGUGUUAGGACUACACCGAGGUAGUGGCCGAACCGAUGGAUUUCAGCACCGUUUAUCGCCGAUUAGAAGACAACUUGUAUAGCGACCCGGAGACUUUCGUCCGAGAUGUGCGCUUGAUUUUCUCGAAUUCAAGAGCAUACAACACCAUGCCGCGUUCACGGGUAAAGCGAUAUUAUCUGACUUGUGUGAAAAAUUGGUGACGCUUGUGGCGCGAAUAAAAUUAGUACUGACAACUUUUGAUACUCGAGGUGCAGCAUAGAUAAGGAACAUGCCAUCAGUCUGAUAAAUUUUGUUUUUUUUUUGUUUUUUGUUUUUUGUUUUUUUACCCCUUAUUCGCCCAACAAACAAAGAGGAAGAGAAGAUGACCGACCCAGAAAGCGACGUUAUUCGCAGAAUUAAGGUUCUUUGCCCCAUCGUUUGGUAAAAUAUUUCUCUGUUGGCAAACUUCACUUGAGACGUAUAAUCAUUUAUAGGUUUCCACGACGUUGGUUUCAUAUCAAGUAAGCACCCGUACGAUGGUACAUCUCUCAUUUGAUUGAUAUUGUAAGGAAAAGUUACAUAAUAAUCUGCGUAUUUAUUCUCUCAGAUCUAUGGAAUGACUAUUCGUCUGGCCGCCAUGUUUGAGGAUCGUGUGGACAGCGUAUUGAGAGACUGGUACGAGGCUGCGUCAGGUGGUGCCCGACGCACCAGGUUACGGACCAUGCGGUUGCUAGAAUCACAAGCACCAAACACCAAUAGUGUGUCACGACAUCGUACAUCCCAUUCGGGACACCAGGCUGCCUCCAAUGCAGCACAUUACUCAGGCGUUAAUUCCGGCGUAGAUUCUCUUAGCGCACGAGAGAGCAGAACUCGUUCAAUAGGCACGCGUGCCUCUUUUACGUCAGAUUCAGAACACAGAAACGGUUUCGGUCACGCCAUUACUUCAAGGACAGAAACCCGAACAAGCUCUCGGGUCAGCUCCCAAUCCCGUAUUGAACGGGAUAACGAUAGCGUUUUUGAUGAUACAGGAAGUGGGAGACAGACUAGAUCAACAAGGUCAAGUGCACGGCGCGAGCUUGUUAUGCGUUUCUCUGCUUCAAGGAUACAACAGAAUAGACAGGAGGAAAGUGUUUCGAAUGGGCCGCCGGCGAGUAGGUAUUCAACGCGCAGAAGCACGUCCUUAGCGCGGGGUUCUUCUAGUGUAAACGGAGAAGAGAGUGACGACGAAGGAGAAGAAGAAGAUGGAGACGAAGAGGAAGAGGGUAGCGACGAAGAAGAAGAAGAAGAAGAAGAAGAAGAACAAGGUGAAGGAAGCGAUGAAGAGAGAGGAGAUGAAGAACAAGACGAGGAAGAAGAAGAAGAGGAGGAGGACGAAGACGAUGAAGAGGAAGAUGAUGAAGAUGAAGAUGAAGAAGAAGAAGAAGACAGUGACGACAGCGCUGUGCAGUCAAGACAGCAAACUCGUCGAAAGGCAGCUCGACCUACUCACCGGCCCACCGUGACAAUGCGGCCAAAUUCAAAGCGCUCUGCUAAGAGUGGUGCGUCUCGCUCAGACAAACGAAAAUCGAAUGCGAGUUCUUCUCGUAGGACUAGCGACGCGUCGCAAAGAAAUGAAACUCCUGCGCCUUCGCGACGAAGUUUACGGAGAAAUUCGUCUGCGCGUCGCGUGCAUUACAACGAAAAUGACUCGGACAGCGGAAGUGAUUCGCCUGGAAACGAAAUUAUUGGAGUUUCCAGUCGUGGUAGGGUGAGGAAACCAGCUAUAAGAAUGCAGGAUUAUGUUGAGUAAGCGAUCCUUCAAUUUACAAUUGGAGUCCGAACGUCGCCUGGUGUGAGGCUUGAAGGUUAUGUCCACAGAAUUUACUUGGAAGGCGAGCAGAAGAAGUUGAAAAUAUGGUUCUUUAUCCGCGAGUAUUAUAAAAAGAGGGCGGUAUAGGAGGUUGUAGGUUGAUUUAACAACCACUUGCGGUAAAAAAAAAUUCAAAGAUCGCCAUUCCCAUUCGCAUUUUGAUCCGAGUGAAAGGGAUUGAACGGAUAAGUGAUUCACUGAAGUACCAUGGUACAGUUAGAGGAAAUUUUCUUCUUUCUUGUUCUGUCAGUCACGCAAAGGUACUAAGUGAUUUGAGGCAGCAAAUGGAAUAAAUAACGCGAACUAAUAUUGAAAGUUACUAUUCUUUUUGCAAAUGAAGGAAAUAUUGAACCAGUGGACGUUUUGUAUUUUUUGUAUCCAUAAGUGCUUCGUCACAAUCCGAUUUAAAAACGCUACGUUUCUCUGUGACGGCUGGAAUUUUAAUUAGGUCUUUUCCUCAACAUACAGGCAUCUGAAAGCUUUAUUACUUGAACUUUGCAAUGCUCUCUAAUCUGUUUACGUGAUCCAAACUUGUUCAUGAUAUUUCUCUAUCCUUGUGUUUAUAGUGCUAAAGGGAAUACUUGAAUGUUAUAUAAUACUGGUAUUAUAUAUUCGUCAUCCAUUCGUUAUGUACCGGAAUUUUUCGCGUUUCUUGUGCGCAUAUCCAUUAGAGAAUAAGACAUUCUUCUUUUUUCUUUGUUUCUUUCGCGCUUUUGUAAGAGACCCCGGCUUGCGAUGAACUUUAUAUGAAUUACUGCUUGCAGCGUCUGUUGCUCUGCAUUAACAGCCAUUUUGGUUGCAUUUAUUAAUGAAAUAAACGUAAUUCUACAAUGCUUAUAUGUGGUGUUUGUGUUUCUCUUGGAAGACUUGCAAAGUCAAUAGUUGGCGGGGAGCAGUUGUUGGCAGUAGAGGCAGAGACGAGAUUUACGGUCGAGGAAGAUUUUCCAGAUUCCGUUAUCUUUUUAGGGGUAAUCCAAUUACAUGUUACUAAAUCGGGAGAAGUUUUGUAAUAAAGGGUGUUUCAAAAAUUUUUUUCGGUCUGUACCAGGUUCUCGGUUAAUGAAAAGGGAGCAAAAAAGCGGACGCGCGAAAGCUGAAGAGUCAGGCGUAACCAUUUCUUUGACAGUAGCAACCGCCUUUUGUCGUUCGCCCGUUCACUUAUCCACCCUAUCUGCUUGAGAGCCCGGAACACUCUUUCAAAACUAGAUGUAUCCAUUUGUUACACGAACAGUGCGAGUUACACAAAAGACGAUGUAAAACUCUCCUCAGAGCCUGGGUUUGUACGUAUUCACCGAAUAAGACCCAAAAGUAAUAACGUGAAGUUUUAAAAACCAAAUAAUUAUUGGAAAUGUUUUGUAAAGUGGGAGUUGAAUAGAAAUAUAUUUACCCAAACGAGGUGAAAUCCUUCCAGAAGAAGGAUGAAACCUAUCGUUAUUUAUCAGAGAAGGAGCUUCAUGCGGGGUGUCUGGGGGAGGGGAGGAUUUUGGGUGGAUCACCUGGUCAUCAAGGAGAUCAGUCGUCGCCAGCAGAGUGUAAAAGGGGACGGAUCAAUAUUAGUCAGGGGGAGACUGACUGCUAAUAAGGGGGAAUCACAGUAUAAUAAUACUACAGAGCCUUUGGGGGGAUCAGGUAAAUUUUAUCAUGACAACCAAAAUCCUCCGUAAAUCCCCCGCCCCCGAUAAAUACCGGUCCGUAAUCUGUUCCAAGAAGCGACGUCAGCCUUGAGGAACACUCAACGUCGAACUAACUAACCUAACUAGUUGCUGAAGUAUAACAGGUUCUACUCUCUCACCGACGCAGCACCACAGUUUCUUUAAGAACUUACCUUUUAUUAACUGCUGAAGUAGCUGGCUAGUUGCGAACAGCAAGUGCUUCUUGCUACGUAUUCAGAUGUCGACCUUCAGAAAACUGGUGAGUAAAUUUUCUUCGGAGAUCUAGAACGCCGGUCUACAGGCUUAAGUUGUUGUCUCAUUCGGUUCAGAGCUCUGACCAUGUUCCCUGGUUUAGGCAGCGAAGGACAGAUAUGUUCAUCUAUCCACUCCUUCAGCAGUUUCAUUCACUACAGUUGACGCCAAAACAAGAUCUUACCUGUUACCAGUUAUGACACAAAUAAUAUAGGUUAAUACACAAAUUAACAGCGUGUAAAAAAUUAACAGCCUUAUUUAAUAGACUGUGAAAUCGUAGAAUUUGGCAAAUAUAUUUUCCUGUUUCACACGAGCCUGGAUCUGACUUGGUAGCGAGGUGGCCGCUUAAUGGCCGCUUGGGUGACCUGUGGUUAGCUGUGGUUUUGAUUAGGGAAGGCCUGGAAUCGACUUUCAAAGAUAACGUACUGCAGGCGCGGAUACUAUUCUCGAACAAUUAUUCUGUACUAAACAUCGAUGAGCAAGUAAAGGCCAUGAAUUCUAGCCUUGAAACCGAAAACAUGCCCGCAGAAACGACACAGGUGACACAUUUAGAGUUUAUAUUGUCAUAUUCAGGGUCAAAAUCCCUUAUAAAUGCGGAUGAAUUUUCUUGAUUCUAGAACGGUGAAUCCCACCUGGAAACGGCGGCGGAAGUGGCGCACAAACCAACGGUUGAACUUGGUAGCGAAAAGGCGUCAAAAAUCACCGAAAAAAGUGCCAAGAACCCCGAUACAAAGCCAGCAAAAAGUAACAAAAAGCUCAAGGAAGAAGAAAAAAAGCUUAGUAAGUUCGAAAGUGACAAGUUUAAAACAUUUAUGUUCUCUGGUGACGCGAACGAGGCGCGAUGCAACUGCAUUUGAACCAACUGAAUAAAACCUUUUUUGAGAGGAUGUUAAUAAGUUUAUGUAUUUCUCGAUUCCUUUCCAUUAAUUCUAUUGACCUGUUCUUACAGUUAUUCUGAUUAACAUAUGUCUUUUGACCCAUUUCGUAGAGUUAUUAUUCAAAUCAUUCGAAGAUUUGGAAAAUCCCGAAGCGAAAAUGGACGCCCUUGGCAGGAAACAUUUGCAAUUGGUAAGAAAUGGUAUUGAUUUAGACCUCUGCAGUUCACCUAAAAUCUUCCAAUUUCUCUAAUAGCUUUAAUAUGAGCAUUUUAUAACUACGGUUGCUCACUUUUGGUACAAGGCUUUAAUUUAUCGUAAUCAACGAAACCCGCCGAGUAAUUAUUGUGAUUAUUAUUAUGGUAAUUAUUAUAUUAAGCGAUUCGAACUUGCAAAACUUAUUUUAAUAUGUCAUCAUCUCGCGGGCAUUGGAAUCGAUCGCCCUAAACAAGCGAGUUUUUCAGCUCUCGCACCAAAUGUUUGUACAUCGAUACACCCGUUUUUGCGUGACUCUUAAUGUGCGCAGUUAGAUAUCAAUUCAACCCGGGUGGUCGUAAGUGAUAUUAACCGUACUUGUAAUCAAGUAUUCCAUUUGAAUUUUUGUUCUAUUAUUUCAUUAAAAGCAAGAAAUAUUGAGUUAAUAGCUUGUACCUCCUCCAGGGUUGUCACCCCCUCUGUCCUCUGUUCUUUUUUUUGUUUUUGUUUUUCUUAUUGAGAUCAGCGUGUUGGCAUGUAUGUCCAAAACGUAAUCAUCAGAAAGUACCUUUUCAAUUGUGAUUCUUUUAAUGAGGAUAAAAUUGGGACCUAUUAUAAACUGUAAAACAGCCAAUUCAAUUAAAAAAAAAAGUUGAGCAAAACUGUGAGUAAAGCUGCAGAAAUCUGAAUAAGCAUUAGAGGAGGGCAAUAAAUCCUUAAAAUUUCCAAAAACAGAAAUAUCCAGAAACUGUAUUUUGGUUCCUUUGGAAAGCCCUCUUUUAUUCUUUCUGACAAUGAUUGUCGAUGUUUGAAUGACAUUCUUACUCAUCUACCCAGUUAUGUCAUUUACCUCUCUUUAUUUUCUUUAUUUUUUGCAGAUAUCAGAAAAUAAAAUCACAGAAGUAAGGAAAGAUGAAUUAGAGAAGAGAUUGGAAAAGGUAAAGUGGAGCCAUCAUAUGUUAUAUCUUCAUAACACAGAAAAUUUUCAGCUCAUGUCCUUUUCUGUUUGACUCAAUCAUGUCUCAACUCUUCUCCCUGAGCAUUGCAUUCCUUUCCAGUUCCUACAAGGUAGACUACCAAAACUGGAUUAUUGUCAUAAAAACAUGUCAUUUAUUGAAUUAACUUGGACCAUUUUGAUUCAAAUGAGCUUCCAUAUGAAAACAAUAAAGAUAAAAAAGGGAUUCAGUGAAUUUGAUGUGGCUUGCAUUGUUUAACUCUGGAGUCCAAUACUCACAUUUCAAUUGCUUCAUAUAGUUCUUCACAUGAUGCCUCAAAUGAUAAUUGAUAUUUUGUUAGACAGUCGCAGAUAUCAGUUUGCAUUCCUGAACACCAGGCUAGAAAACAGAGCUACACAGCGUAUAAAUUAACUGGCUCAGAAGUUGAAGGAUGCUUCUUUGGUUAUCUCUUUCAUGUCAAAGAGUUAUUAAUGAGCAACUUCUCCUCACAUGUCCAUAUUUUUUUCAGUAAAGAUGGUGGUCACGCAUUCUCUUUGGCAAUACAUUUAGUUCUGAGAAUUUGGUGUUCUGUCAAAAUGAUAUUCAAUGGUUAAAAAUAUCUGAGAUAUCAGAUAAUUGGAUAGUUGCCAGGAGGAGAACUUACAUUUUGAUCAGAUACAAGGGUACACUUGUACAUGGAAUGUUGUGAUGAUAGAAAUAAAUGGUGGGUUGGAGAAUUAAUAGGGAAUGAAUGUGACUCUUGGAAUAUCAGGGUGCUUAUCUUGUUGAAAUUUGUGGUUGAAAUUUUAUAGGUCUCACGAGAAAGAGAUCAGCUGCAGUCAGAGUUUAACAAAGCAAGUCUGGCCAAAAACAAGUUGGAAAGUCUCUGCCGAGAAUUACAACGUCACAGCAAACUUGUUAAGGUGCUUGCUUAGAAUUUUAUACCAUAUGAGGAUUUAUCCCUCUAACAUGUACAAAGUUUUCUUAUCAUUUAAUAGUGGGACACACAGAGGUUUUGUAGGGGCUGUCAGUAAUUUUUGAAGCUGCUAUUAUGUUGGACAUAUCAUCAGUAGUAGUGUAAUAUGCCAGGAAGUACAACAUGGCAGCAUCAACAUGCUCAUCCAUGAAAUCACAUUAGCUCAGACACAACAGGUUUUACAGGUUAUGGCCCUAAUUGACAGCCCUGCUUUUUAAGUCUUAAUGAAACUCCUUGUUCCCCUCUCAGUAUUGAGAUUUUUACCAGCAAUCCAAUGUUCCUGCUUUGAACAUUAACAAGUGGGAAGAAGGAAGUGUUUUAACAAUUGUGGUAAUGAUUUUAACAACAUGUAAUGGUUAGCCAGCUGGAUGCUAGAUUGAGAAGUUGGAGUUUAACCAUGAUUGCAUCAUUGUGUUGUGCAAAUGUGAAUGUUGUGAUAUAUUCUGAGUUUGGAAAUUGUAACAUUCAAGAAUUUUUGUAUUCUUUCUCAUCAGGAAGAGAGUCAGCUACGCUCCCAAGAGGAGGAAGCCAAACGAAAGGAACUUUCAGAAAAGUUUCAGACAACAAUCAAUGACAUCUCUGAACAAAUGCAAGAAAACUUCAAAGCAAACCAACAGCUGAAAACUGAAAACAAUGAGUGAGUAAUCUGAAGACUUAAAAUAACUCUUAAAAAUCAACCUUGAAGUAUCCAAAUCAAAGCCAAAAAGGUUUCUUUAAUCAAUGUUCUUUCUCAUUACCUACAAAUAUAAGUACUGAAAACAUAUCCUCUGCAUUCAAUUUUAAUGUGGUUUAAAGUUGUCUGUUUUCAUUUUAAACAGACUUGCGACUAGACUGAAAGGCUUGGUUGAACAAUAUGAAGUUCGUGAAGAGGUAACAUACCUAACUAUGACCAACAUUUGAAUACAGAUGCUGUUAUUAAGUUAAAAAAAUAAAAUAAAAUGGAAGAGGUAUUUUAGGUGAAAUUUGAAUAAUAAUCUAGAAAAAUUGUGGAAGUAUAGAAUUAAAUUUUUUUUUUGAAUGAUUUUGCAAAUUCUGACCACUAUACAGUCAGGUGAUUAAUAGUUUAAAUCUCUCACAAGAAAGAUUUAAGUCAGUCACGAGCUUUGUCUAAAUACAUUAUUAAGUUGGGUGAUUAAUAAAAAACAUCUUUCUUCAACUGAAGAUUCCUGUACAUGUUAUGAUGAUAUCCAUGUAUGAAUAAUAGCCAGUUUCUAUACCUGUGAUUUGUUUAUGGUUCAGGAAUUUCUAAGAUCUUUUGAAAAUCUUCAAAACCAAGUGUGUACUUUCCUUUUCUAGCACGUGGAAAAGGUAUUCAAGCACAAGCAGCUUGAGCUGCAGUUAGCAGAAGCAAAAAUGGCCCAACAAAAUCUGAAGUUUAAUGAGGAUAAGGAGAAGACCUUGACAGAGAACCAGUUGGUAAGAAUACUUCAUCUGUAACUUAAAUGUAAAUCACAAGAAGAAAAGGGAUUUGCUUUCUUUUACCUUCUUUGGAUUAAGGUCCAAAAACAUAGUGAAUAGGGUUUUUUUUCAAAGGUUUAUUUCACCCUUUGACUCCAAAGAUCUCACUACCUUUUUCUCCUACAACCUGCUAUACAUUUUAUUGUGGUUUAUUUAGCUUUGAGAAUUUAUUGUUAAAUCAGUCAAAAUCCCCUUCUUUUUAGUGUGUGUACUGAGGAAAAUUUUCAAGGAAACUAGCAGAUUUUUUUAGCUGUCAGCUUCCACAGUGUACAUGUAUUAGCAACACAAAGUAAAUUAUUUGAAGGAAGAUUUUGUUGGGUGGUUUUUACUUUUUGAAGUAAAUUGUGUCAUUCCAUUACUCACAUGUUCAUCAAAGAGUGGCACUAAAAUUGUAUGGAUUAGUGGUCGAUAAAAAUUGUGGGAAAUUGUGAAGGAAAUUUCCUCUCCCUUGUACAUUUCUUUUUUUUAGUUUUGUUUUGUUUUUUUGUAUUCUCUUUGCCUGACAUUGCACUCUUUCUUUCUUCUUGUUUUUUUUUUUUUUUUGUGGUUAUCCAGUUGAAUAAGCAAGUGGUAGAGUAUAAGAAGCAGUGUGACAUCUUGACAAAACAGGAAGCAGAGAUGAAAUCACAGGUAACAUGAGGAAAUGAUAAAGUUCUGUAAUAUUGCUUUGUUAGGGUUUGUGAUUGUUUCAGUGGCCUUAUCAUUAGAACACUGGACUCCUGUUUGAGAAAUACAAAAGGAACCUCUUGCUGGGUCUUAAUAUUGCACACUACUUUUUUGACACUUGGCACAGUACCUCCCUCCAUCCAGGAAUAGAAAUAAUACCAGCAAAUUGUCAGCACAACCUGACAACAUCCAGUUAUUAACUUACAAUUUUCAAGCAACUUAUCUGAGGAUAGUUACAGAAAUAAGCUAGCUGCUACAGAUCACUUUCAGAUCACAGCUUUUCAAGCUCAGGGUUCAAGAUGGAAAUUUUUCCUAGGGUGUUGGAAUAUUAGCAACUAACCUGUGAAUCAUGUAGUUCAUGAACCAAAUAAAUUGCUUAUUAUUAGUGUUUGAAAUCACCUCCAUUUUGAUCACUUCAUUUCUUACUGAUAUAAAGUUCUUACUCUCUCUCAUUACUAGCUGGCAAUGUAUGCAGAGAGAUUUGAGGAAUUUCAGAAAACACUCAAUAAGAGCAAUGAAGUAUUUUCAACAUUCAAGAAAGAAAUGGAUAAGGUUUGUAAAAAGAAGUUUUAUUCACACAAAUAUCACAAGACAUUUUUAGGCCCCUGUAGUGUGGGGCUACCUCUACAAAAAGUACAUUACACCUCCUGGUGAGGCCAAUUAGUGAGAGGGGGGGGGGGGGUGCAAACUUGCAAUGUGGUGAUGGGGGAAAAAUCUCUGGAUACCUCUAUACAGGGACGCUCUAUUGCAACACAGUGGAAUGUCACAGUAGAGUGGAGCCACAUCAGGAUAAAACCACCUGGUGGGGCAAACUUGUAUAACCUUUGUACCUGUGGCCUUCAUGGAGGGACUCCUUUAUUUAAGGGACACAUUUCCUUGUCUUAAGGGUGUCCCUUGAAUAGAUCAUCUAUUGCAUAACCUUUGUACCUGUGGCAUUCUUGGAGGGACUCCUUUAUUUUAGGGACACAUUUCCUAGCCCUAAGGGUGUCCCUUGAAUAGAUCAUCCAAAGUAUAACCUUUGUACCUGUGGCUUUCAUGGAAUGACUCCUUUAUUUAAGGGACACAUCUUUUUAAGCCAACUGGUGUCCCUUGAAUAGAUUAUGCACUGUAUAACAUUUGUGCCUGUUGCCUUCAAGGAGGAGCUCUUUAUUUAAGGAUACACUUUGUACCUGUUGCCUUCAUGGAGGGACACCUUUAUUUCAAAGGACACAUUUUCUAGUCUUUAGGGUGUCCCUUGAAUAGACUAUCUACUGUAUAACCUUUAGUACCUGUCAUUUUCUUUGCAGGGACACCUCUAUGAAAGGUUAUUCCCCCCCCCCCACUUACUUUGUUUCCAGCCUCUCUUUUGUUCAGCAUAUUGAUUGCGUGAAUUCUUUUAUCACCUUCUUGUAGAUGACAAAGACGAUCAAAAAACUGGAAAAAGAAAAAGUAACGUGGAAAACGAAAUGCGAAAACAGCAACCGUUCAUUGGUGCAAAUGGUAGAUGAGGUAAAUCUUAUUACACUUAAGGAUAAAACCUCUUAUUUCGAUGCAUUUUUUAGUUUAGAAAUUGACGGUAUUCUGAGUUGAUUUGCAGUGAAACCGAAACCCUUUUGGGCUUCUUGUUGUACAUAGGCGUUAUUUUGGUAGAUUUGACUUUAGAUCAUGACCGUUUUGGGGUAUUCAAUGAAGUAAAAGGAAAGUGAGUUUAUUUAACGUAUUUUUUUGACCACCUUAUUCAGCGUGAAAAACAGAAAAAAGAAAUGGCUGCUUUGCGAUUGAAAAACGACAAGCUUGAAAACCUUUGCCGUGCGCUGCAUAAGGGAGCCAAAGUCACAGCUGGCGACUUCAGCAAGGUAAUCAAUUACUGAGUUAGACAUAAUGAUAUUAUUCGUUUCUCCUUCUCUUUGAGUUUCGUCGUUUCCCUCAUUUAGCCGCGAGAGCAAAAGCGAGGGAAAAUGGUGGUGCUAAAAGUGUAAGACUAAAAGUGAAUUACAGCCUUACUCACGUAAUACUUGCGUGUAAUAAUCUUUUUUCGCUCGUUCUCGGAAGGGCCAUUUCCUCAACUCUGUCAAUGAAUUGGUUUCUUACUUGGUACUCUCUUGAAAUCUUUGUUUACAAAGGAUAUGUUUUUUUUUUUAGGCCAAGGAAACCAGUUCCCCCAUUUCUCACCCAGAUGUCGAAAGUUCCGACGUUACAAGUACAAAACAGGAAAACUGCGAGGAAACAACUUCUGGAGAAGAGGUAAUAUCGAGUAAAGAAACGACUGAGGCGCCUGAGGAGCAAGAAAUCGAGAAAAGAGACAACACAACUGAAGAACGAAACUCUGAUGAUUUUGUUCACAACACGAACAGUGACGACGAACCGGAUGCUGAAAGUACGAUUGAAUCCGACGAUUCUCCGAUUGCUUCCGAGACGACUUCGGGCAUAUCCCCCGAAACAUCCAAUACUUCCGACGAAUUUCCGACUGAGUGCGAAAUUAAAACCGAUGACACAGAAGUAACUUUGGCUGCAAAUGAUGGUGAAACUGGAAUUCACGAUGGUUCGAACGGAUGAAUAUUUUAAAUUAUGUAGAGACAAUUGAUUAUAGGAAGCCCAAAGCUUACUGUUUGCCUCUGUAAAUUAAAACGAACUUAUCGCAAAUGAAUCGUUCAAUUUUGUUGUAAUUUUUAUACUAGUUUUAUACUUGAACCUCGAUAAGUCAGAAAACGGUUUGGAUUUUUAACGAUGCACGAAUUCGUCUGUAGCAAUGAUAGAAAAUGUUUGUCUUGUUGCACAAAAUAGAAGACAUCAAUCACGUCUGAAAGAUACUUAGAAAAUUACUUUUUUUCAUAAUAUUUAUAUUUGAGGAAGCAAAAUAAACGAAUUACUGGAAGGAAAAG